AUGCUCUCCGCUGCGGCCGUCUCAGACCCUGAAACCACCAUUUUCAACACCACUUCGCUCUCCUCCCUGUUCGAGUCCAAACUUGCGUUCACUGACGUUUCGGGAUCAUCGCCGUCGGCUCAUCACAUUUCCCUGGACGAUGCAACAACCGUCAGCAGCAACAGCAACAGCAACAGCAACAGCAACAGCAACAGCAAUAGCAGCGGCGGCGGCAGCGGCAGCGGUAUCAGCGGCGGUUUCCCCGGCCUUCCCUUGCCUGCAGGAGCCUCUUUUCUUGGCGGCGGCAGCAGCAGCAAUGGGAGCUCGAGCCUGUUCGGUACUCCCGGGGUUAUCGGUAAUAGGCGGAUCUCUCCCACAGAUCUGACCAGCGACUAUCUCGGCGGAGGUCACUCGUGGCCGCGAAACGGUCCGGUAGGGUUACCAGCAUCGCAGGGCAACAGCAGCUCGAUCGUCGGCGGUGUUGGCAGUCAGGGUAACCCGAUUGUGGGAUUUGGCGACGGAUUCAGCGGCGGAUUCAACGGCGGGUUCAACGGCGGGUUCAACGGCGGAUUUGGCUCCGCGUCUGGCGGUCACAGUGGCCUGAGUCACGUUGGGACGCGGGCGGGAUUGGGGAGUGAAGGUAUGGGGGAGAACAUGGACGCGGGAGGUCUCUCCGACGUGCAUGGGAGUAGCUACGCGGAAGGCUCCUCGUUCAACUCGCACGCUUCGUUUCAGCUGCCGUCGCUUGCAAGGCACCAGCAGCCGCAGCAGCCGCCGCAGCAGCAGCAGCAGCACCCAGGUCAUGAUCUGAUAGCCCAGCAGCAGCAGCAGCAGCAGCAGCAUUUGAAUCUGCAUCCGGGGAAUCCUGUCAUGCGUCCAUUCAUGCAGCAGCAACAAGGUACGGAUCUCGCGAUCCAAGGCCCGCUGAUAAUGGGUCUAGAUCGCGACGUGCCUCGUGCUUUAGGCGAUCAACUCCCGUCGCAGAUUCUUCCGGACGACGAAGAAGAGCUCUUCGCAGACAUCGCAGAGGAGUACGAGCGACACCUGCGAUCAGAAGCCGUCGCCGCCGCCGCCGCCGCCGCCGCCACCGCCGCUGCUGCUGUCUCGAGAUCCGAUUCGACCGGCGCAGCCCGUCGCGCGAGCAGCGGCAGGCGCGCGGGGGGGAGCGCGGGCAGCGGAAGGGGGGAGGGGGGAGGCGCGGGGGACGAUGGCGGGGAGGGGGAUGGCGCGGAGGGGGACGACGCGGCGGACGAUCUGUUCUGCAGCAGCGGAGGCAUGGAGCUAGAUCUCGACCCCGCCGACGGCAUGGCGCCGCAGGGGGGGUUCCGCCGCCUGCCCCUUCCGCGCGAUGCCUUUUCCGCCACUGCUGGUGCUCUUGGUGCUGCUGGAACUCGCGGGACUCCGGAAGGCGCGGUACGCCAGGGGGCGGGCGCGGGCAAGGCUGCGGCGGCGGCGGGGAUAAUGGCGACGACGACGGUGGCGACGUCCGCGUUCGCGGGCGCAGCGCAGGGCGCGGGGAGUGAGCAUCCGCGCGGGGAGCGGCCGUCGCGGACGCUGUUCGUGCGGAACAUCAACAGCAGCGUGGAGGAGGCGGAGCUGCGCGCGCUGUUUGAGCGCCACGGGGACAUCCGCACGCUGUACACGGCGUGCAAGCACCGCGGGUUCGUGAUGGUGUCCUUCUACGACCUCCGCGCUGCGCUCGCUGCCAUGGCCGCGCUACAGGGCACGCCGUUGCGCCGCCGCAACCUCGACAUCCACUUCUCCAUCCCCAAGGAUAACCCGUCGGACAAGGACAUGAAUCAGGGCACGCUGCUGGUGCCCGUCGCGGCUGCAUCCCCCUCCACCAGCGGCGCCACUGUCAAGGCCGCCACGACGCACCACGACUUGCUUCUCCGCAUCUUCUCCGCUUACGGCGACGUCAAGGAGAUCCGCGAGGCUCCGGGGCAGCAGCAACAGCAGCACAGGCUGGUGGAGUUCUACGACGUGCGCGCUGCAGAGGCGGCGCUCAGGGCGCUCAACCGCAGCAGCAGCAGCAGCAGCAGCAGCAGCGUCAACGGAGGCCCCACGGGGGUCACGCUCCACGCGACCCGCCCCGGGGACGCUCGCUGCAGGCUGUUUAUGUACUGUGCGGUUUCAGUGUAUCCCGUGGCCCUAAUGGCAUCCGAAUCCUUGUCUCAGAACCGCUCAGUGCAGCAGCAAUCCCACGCGCAGCAGUGGCUGCAGGAGGAGCAGCAGCUGCAAGCACAACAGCAGCAGCAGCAGCAGCAGCAGCAGCAGCAGCAGCAGCAGCAGCAGCAGCAGCAGCAGCAGCAGCAGCAGCAGCAGCAGCAGCAGCAGCAGCAGCAGCAGCAGCAGCAGCAGCAGCAGCAGCAGCAGCAGCAGCAGCAGCAGCAGCAGCAGCAGCAGCAGCAGCAGCAGCAGCAGCAGCAGCAGCAGCAGCAGCAGCAGCGCAAGCAGCAGCAGCAACAGCAACAGCAACAGCAACAGCAGCGAUCUCAGUCCUUUUUCCAGCAGCGACACCAACACCAGCAAAACGAGCAGCAGCAGCAGCAGCAGCAGCAGGAGGAGCCUCCGCUCCCCCCUAUGCUCCCACUGAGCGCUCUCCUAGACGCAGCUGGCCCCAUCUCCGUCUCUCUGCCCCCAUCCGACCGCCUCUGGCGCUCCCAGGGGGGAAGCGCGCACCAAGCUCCGCCUCUCCCCCCGUCAUCCCCCCAUGAGGCGGCUGCCGCCGCUGCAGCCGCCACCACGGUGGAAGUGGGGCGCGGGGGGCGCAUUCUCCCCCCUGGCGCCCCUUCCGCGUCUUCCCCCCCGCGUGCUGAUGGCGGAGACGCAGGUGCAGGGGUGAGGACGGCGGCUUCAGCAGGAGGUGCAAAUCCCACGCUGCAAUCACACCUGCUCAACCAGCUUUCAUUUCAGCAGCAGCAGCAGCAGCAGCAGCAUGGGCUGCCAGGGUUAGGGGCAGUUGGGGCGGACGCGUUAACAGGUGGCAGUGGAAGCAUGGGUAUGGGUUCGGAAAUGGGUGGGCUUGUUGCAAAGAUGGGCCGAGCUCACUCGUUUGGAGCGCUCGGUCACUCCUUACCAACCAUGGCUUCUGCUUCCUCUGCUACCACUGGUGCUGUUGGUGGUGGUGGCGCUGCUGGUGGUGCUAGUGGUGGUGAUGCUGCUGGUGGCGGCGGUGGGGGUCCUCAUGGGUUUUCGGCCCCUGCCCACCGUGCUGCAGACCCUUUUGCAAUGAAAUUGCAGUUGUAUGCGCAGGCUCAAGCGCAGCAGCAGCAGCAGCAGCAGCAGCAGCAGCAGCAGCAGCAGCAGCAGCAGCAGCAGCAGCAGCAGCAGCAGCAGCAGCAGCAGCAGCAGCAGCAGCAGCAGCAGCAGCAGCAGCAGCAGCAGCAGCAGCAGCAGCAGCAGCAGCAGCAGCAGCAGCAGCAGCAGCAGCAGCAGCAGCAGCAGCAGCAGCAGCAGCAGCAGCAGCAGCAGCAGCAGCAGCAGCAGCAGCAGCAGCAGCAGCAGCAACAGCAGCAACAGCAACAGCAACAGCAACUACACCAGCAGCAGCAGCAACAGCAGCUGUUUGACCACCGUCAACAGCAGCAGCAGCUGUUUCAGCAGCCGUUGCAGCACCGCCAGCAGCAGCAGCAGCAGCAGGUGCAUGUACAUGCGCAGCAGCAUUCCAUGCACCACCAGCAGCACCACCACCCAAUCCACAUGCGCUCGCCCCAUCACAACUCCGACUCGCACCUUCACUUCGCCGCGUCAGACCCCCUCCUCCCUGGUCGCUCCUACAGCCUUCUCUCAGGCUCGCCCGACUCGUUUUCCUACGACAGCCCUCUCUUAGGUUACGGGCUGCUGGGAGGUUCUGUGGGAGGGAGUGGAACAGGCAUGGGGGCCGGAUGGUCGGGGGUGGGAGCAGGAGGAGCAGCAGUGGGAGCGGCGGUGCCUGGUAGUGGUGGUCGUGUGGUGCAUGGGAUGGAUCAUUUCGGUUCUCUUUCUGGCUCGUUCUCGGCGGGCUCCUUUGCUGGUGCGCUGUCUAGCUCUCUGUCCGCCGCUGCUGCUCUGCAUCACGGUGUUGACACCACCUUUGGUCUCCAUUUUCCACCACCUGCAGCAGCAGCAGGAGCAGCAGGAGCAGGAGCGCCCAGAGCAGCGUCCCCUGCUGUUGAUUUCAACAGUGCUGCAGCAGCAGCAGCAGCAGCAGCAGCAGCAGCGGCUGCUGGCUCUGCGACAGUUGAUUUCAGCGGUGCUGGGUUAGGAGCAGUGGCGGCGGCUCUUAUGCUGGGGAUGGAGAGUGGUUUGGAAGGCACCCCUCCCUCUCCCAGUCUGCUGUCGCCUCACCUGAAGAACAGCGCCAGUGGACGGUCGUUGUCGGGGCUGGGAGGGGGGGAGAACGCUGGGAGGGUUGCAGGAGGGCCAGGAGGGGGAGGAGGGGGUGGCGGGGCGGCAGGAGGAGGGGCAGGGAUGGAAGGGUAUGGGGAGAGGAGUCGAGGGAGGAGGUCGGAGGGUGGGGGAGGCGACGGGGGUGGGGGGGGCGGUGGGGAUGCGAAGCGGCAGUAUCUGCUGGAAGUGGAUCGGAUACUGCGAGGGGAGGACUCGCGCACCACGCUCAUGAUCAAGAACAUUCCCAACAAGUACACACAAAAGAUGCUCCUGGCAGCCAUUGAUGAGAAGCACAAGGGCACAUACGACUUCUUCUACCUCCCCAUUGACUUCAAGAACAAGUGCAACGUGGGAUAUGCCUUCAUCAACAUGAUGGACCCAUAUAAGAUCGUUCCACUCUACCAGAGCUUCAACGGGAAGCGGUGGGAGAAGUUCAACAGUGAGAAGGUGGCCAACAUAGCGUAUGCGCGCAUCCAGGGCAAGCAGGCGCUCAUCGCCCACUUCCAAAACUCCUCGCUCAUGAACGAGGACAAGCGCUGCCGCCCCAUCCUGUUCCAGUCGCAGGGGCCAAACGCAGGCGACCAGUGGGAAUCAGUGUGCGUGCAAAGCGGGGUGGCAGCAGCAAUGGCGGAGCAGGUGGCAGCAGCAGCGGCGGUGGUCACAGUGCCGGCGCUGGCAGCAACAGCAGCAGCACCAACAUGCUGCAUCACGGCAGUCCCGGCAGCAGCAGCAGCAGCCGAGAGAGCUCGUUCCACGGGGCCGAUAUGCUCUCUCGCCGCUCCCUUCCCUCCUCCGCAUCUGCUGCCACUGCAGCAGCAGCGGGAGGCAUGCAUGUCUCUGGUGCUGGUGGUGGUGGCAGCGCAUUGGGUGAUUUGUCCACCAGCUAUCGCCUCCCCUCCUUUCUUUCUGGCGGCCACGGUGGAGGAUCUCCUCCCGACCGCUUCUUUUAGCUGCGCAGCAGUCGAGGGGGCGAGUGCUGACGCGGGGAACGCCGCGACCGCUGCAGCGCCGCCGGUGUCAGCUUCGCCAGGCGACGAGCACCGAAAUCUGAGAGUUCUGGCGAAACGGUUCGGUGACUUGCAACGUACCAUGGGUGCCACUGCCAAAGCAGACAGCUCUAAUGCCGCUGAUACUGCUGCUGCCGGAGCUGCUGCUGCUGAUGCUGGUGCGGAUUCUGUCGCCGGAGGAGACGGGCGGAGGAAGGCGAGCGUGGCGGGGCAGGCGGAGGCGAUGAGCGUGGCGGAAUUCGCGCACGCGUGCGACGGCAUCUCGCGGCUCUUCUCGCUCCUGGGUGUCGCCUUCGCGUUCGCUGGGAAGGACUUUACGGAUAAGGUGAAGGACCUGACGGCAGCAGGCAAGGAGUUCUCGACGCUGGGCGGCAUGGUGGAUGCGGACGUGAGCAAGGGCUCUGUGAAGGUGCAGAACAGCCACACGCGCAACCUGCUGCGCGUGCUGCGCGGCCUCGACAUGAUGCGCCGCCUCUUCUGCUAUAUCCUUGAAGACUGCAUGAAGCCACUGAGGGAGCAUGCGAGCCGGGCAUACAGCGAGGUGUUCAGCGCUCACCACUCGUGGGCCAUCCGCAGCCUCGUGGCUGCUGGCAUGUACGCACUCCCCUCCACCGACUCCUUCCUGCACCACCUGGGGGAAGACGAGGAGUCAUGGCGUGAGCCAUCAUCCGAGUUUGUUACAAGUGUCACUGAUGUCGCUGCUGCGGUGGAGGAUCUAUUUGUUUCACGUGAUCUUGGCCUUGACUGUUCGUCACCACCUCGGACGCGCCGCCUCGAACCCGAUCCUUUCGCGCGCCUCUCUGACGAUCUCGUCGCUCACAUUCUCGCUCUCGUCGCCUCCAACGGAUUCCGUUUCCACCGCAAUCCGUGCCUCACAACCGCCGCUGCUACUUCUGACGCCGCCACCACCGCCGCCGCCGCCGCCGCUUUCGCCGAUUCUGCCGAUGUGGAGGCUAAUGCGGUUGGGGACGGGAGUGACGGUGCCGUCAGCAGCGACGACUACGAUGCUCUUGGCGAAAGGGGUGAGGACGAAAUGCUCGAGUGCAUCGAGCGGGCAGUGAAAAAACCGUGCGCGCGUUUCGUACGCGUUGUAGAGCUCACCGAAGCCAUAGCUCUCGAGGCCGCAGCGACCGCCGCCAACUACGCUCGAACCAUGACACUCCAUCUCGACCCCGACGAUCCCCACACGCCGUCAGCUGCGCAUAUCCUCGCCUCCGCCUUUCCGCCCUCCCUUUCCGAAGCCCGCACGACCUCCGCUCCUCUUCCGCCCCCGCCUCCGCCUCCGCCGUUCACGGUGUUCCACCACGCGCUCGUGUGCAAGCGCUGGCUCCGCUUGGCGCGCUUCAGCCUCCCCGCCAUCCUCCUGCAAGCCGACCGCCGCCUUUCCACCCAAACCUUCCGCUCCGUCCUCUCCUCCGCACCUCCUCCCUGCCCCUCCUCCCCUCCCCUACCCCUCUCCCUCUCCCUCGCCCCUCCCAGUCCCGAACCCGCCUCCGCCGUUUCCCCCUCCUUUCCCCUGCACUCCCCGCUCACCCUGCGUCACCUGCACAUCGGCCCAUCGGCUCUAGACGCCAUAACAGACGAUCUCCUUCACUCCAUCGCCACGGGGUGCGCGCGCUCCCUCACGCACCUGUCGCUGUAUCGCCACAUGAACCUGCGCUCCUGGGAGCGGAACCGCGGCUCCAUCGACCCCGACCACGCCGUCGCGAAAGUAACAGAGCCCGCCGUUACCGCGCUUUUCGCCGCCUGCCGCCGCCUGGUCAGCCUGAAACUCACGCUGCCCCUGUGCCUGCCCGAGCUGCCCGCGUCCGUGAGUCUCCUGCAGCGGCUGACGAGGCUGGAAGUUUCAUGCGGCCGCCUCGAUCCGCAUAUCAGGGCGGUCGCUGGUGGUGAUGCCGCUACGGCGUUAGAGCCAACACCCCAGCCGCGGUUCCCCGAGGGCGUUGGUUCGCUCUCCGCGUUACGUUCUCUAAGCAUCCGCGCGCCUUGCGUGCGCGCCCUCCCGCACACCCUCUCCCGCCUCCGCUCCCUCACCUCGCUGAAACUCGUCGGCUGCAGUUCCCUCCGGCAGCUGCCCGACGGUCUCGGGCAGCUAAAAAAGCUGCAAUACCUGGAGCUGGCGGGCUCGUCUUCCAUGGAUUCCCUGCCCGACUCCAUCGGCCUCUUAUCAUCCCUCGAAACCCUCCACCUGGUCGCGCUCAAUGCCGACUUUCUCCCAGACUCCUUCGCCCACCUGUCCUCACUCAAACGCCUUUUCAUCACCAACCUCUCGCGCCUGCAAUCGCUUCCUGACGGCAUCGGGGAGCUGCCCUCCCUGCAAGUACUCAACAUCAGUUCCUGCUCUCUCUUAGCGGCUCUCCCGCCCUCCAUUUCCGCCCUCUCCUCCCUCACUGCUCUCACCGUUUAUAACUGCGCUGCCCUCACCUCGUUACCGGAGGAUAUCGGUGACGUUCCACGCCUCGCCUCUCUCGUCCUCCACUAUCUUCACUCUCUUACGGCUAUUCCGGACUCUCUCGCUCUCCUUUCCUCCCUAACGAACCUUCACGCGGCGGACUGCAGGGUUCUAACGCGCCUGCCAGCGUCUUUCGCGGGGAUGCACUCCCUCUCUCGCCUGCAGCUCCUCAAGUGUCCUUUGAGAUCGCUGCCCGAAGAUAUCGGGCAGCUGUCGGCGCUGACUGAGCUGCAUCUGAAUAAACCUUCAACCCAGCCCUCCUCUCCCCACCCCCUCCCAUCCCUCCGCCGCCUCCUCAUCCUCAAAAACCCCUCCCUCGCCUCCCUCCCUUCAGGUCUCCACCUCCUCCCCUCCCUACUCCACCUAGAAAUCCCCCUCUCUCACCUCCAACGCCUGCAUCUGAGCCACAUGCACUUUUCCAACCUGCCCGAGGACCUCGGGCAGAUGCAAGGGCUGCGCAUUCUAACGAUCAACACUGCAAAGAAGCUACUAGCACUCCCCGCCUCCCUCACUCUCCUCACCUCCCUGCAGCACCUCAGAGUCUCGGAGUGCGAGCAGGUCUCCUCUUUACCAGAAGAAGGCUUCGGCAACCUCUCUUCUCUUGUAUCUCUCACGGUCAAUGACCUGCCGUUGCUGCUCAAGCUGCCCGCUGCUGUGGCCCAGCUGCCGUUGCUGCAGGUGCUGGACGUGCAGGAGUGCGAGCAUCUGAGCGAGCUGCCCGAGGGGUUGGAGAGUGCGAGGAGUCUGCGGGAGGUUCAUGUGGAUGGAUGCAACGAAUUGGAGGAUCUGCCCGAGCCGAUCAUGGCGCGGGCCGGCAGGAUACAGCUCCAUGCCAUAUAG